AUGGCCGAACACCAGUCCAAAAGUGGCCAACAUGGUUACACGCAUGAAUUUGAGCAGAUCGAGAAUGUGCUUAUUGACAUCAAAGCCCGCAUUUAUGCCUUUGAAGUCAAGUCCAGAGCCAGCAUCCAAGACGACCGCAGUACCAUGCUCUCGGAGUUACAGCGCAGCGUCAAUUCAGUCGAGGGAACCAUUCACUACUUGAAUUCCAACUACAGCCAUCUCACAAGCUCGCUUGAGUCUGGAGCACUCACUCUCUCAGUCAGGACGACGACAUCCCAGGCCCUCGUGAGCAAGCACCUAAACGACAUGGACGUCGCUUUCACCAGUCUCCACACCGCCGCCAGCACCGGCCUCGAGCGCGUCGAACAUAUAAAGAAGACAUGUGACGAGUUGGAGGGAGAGCUGGCUGGCCUUCGAUCCAGACUUGCGUCUCUCAACAGUCGGAACGGGACGGCUUUAACCUCGGCCAGGCAAGCACUGGCGGCGAAGAAGACUGAAGCAGGAGAAGCUAGGACGGUACUCGACUCAACGCGAGCUGGGCUUCAGACUCUAGAAAGCAAGAUGGAACACAGAAAACUUGGCAGGAAUUUGCUACGAGGGGCCCGCAUCGCGACUUGGACUGCGAGUGUUGUGUUUCCUCCUGCGGUCGCGACCGCAGGUGGCUUGGAAUACAUUGCGCACAAGAUGCGCCACAGGCUCAAAGAGCUGCAGGAGGAAAUCGACAGCACCAACAUACGGCUCUCUACUCUAACCUUGGAGGUAUCGACCCUGGAGGGGCGCGUUGCAUCACUUGAACAGAUACUGGCCAACACUCGAUCCCUGGGAGCCCGCGUCGAUACUUUAGAAGCCGACUCGACCGGGGUCAAGACGCUUGUCGACGAGCAGCUUCGCGAAUAUCAGGCUCUCAAGGAGAGUACCGACGACUUCGCCGCUUGGACGCGCAGCGUUGCCGACGAGACGGCCUCGAUGCGGCUGAUUGGGUUGGACUCACGCACAGCACUACGCCGCACGACUGGGCAGGUUGUGGAAAGGCUCCUAGGGAGGGAGCACGGUGAUGUAAGGGCCAUUUGCGGAAAGCUUGAGCGGCUUGAGCUUGCGCCGUCAUGA